AGCGCUCGUUCAAGCAAAUGCUAACAUAAGCAUAAGAACGUUGCCUCUUUAAGCAACUAGCUGUGUGCGGCUCUGCGACAGUAAAGAGAGCGCUCGAUCCCCUCGCGUUGCUCUGUUUGUUUGGGUUCCGGUUAUCUUAUCAGGGCUUUCAGUGUCGAUAAAUAAGGCAUGUCGCCGGUGUGGUUACAUAUCGUGCAGUUUUACAAUCGUUCUAAGAGGUUAACUGAGCGGCAGCGAGCGCUUAGCUGUCCGAUAUUAUAUUCGAUCAAUAAUUUAUUAAGAAGUAUGCAGUGUUCUUGCAAACCAGAGUUCGGGCACGUUUAGUUAAAAUCGCAAUUGCAAAGUUCCUUGCUGCCAUGACCGCAUUCAAGAUAUCUGUAACUCUAUUGGUGACUACGUAUCUGCUUAGUUUGGCAUUUGGGCAGUCGUCCCGUGUUGUUACUCAAUCCAAGUGUUUCUUUCAAAAAAAUUGCAUCGAAUGUCUCGACGCUGAUAAAGACUGUGCAUGGUGCACAGAUGAGUUGUAUGACAUGCGAAAAUCCCGAUGCAUGACUAAACAUGAGCUGUUAGAAUCCAAAUGCAACGCGUUAAAAAUCGAGACAAACGAUGAUUAUUCAUUCCUUGAAAUCGAGAAAAAUGAGCCGCAUCGGGAUUUCGAUUCGCAGCAGUUGGAAGCUGUACAAAUAAUGCCACAAAAAAUGAAUUUACGUCUAGGAAAGUUGGGCUCCAGAACCAUUUCGUUCAAGUACAAACCGGCGAAAAAUUAUCCUUUGGAUAUGUACUACCUGAUGGAUCUUACCUGGUCGAUGCGUGACGACAAAGCAACGCUCGAGAGCAUGGGUAGUCAGUUAGCACUAGCAUUAGCUAACUUAACCGCCAACUAUCAGUUGGGUUUUGGUAGUUUUGCUGACAAGCCCGCCUUUCCGUUCAUACAAUCCGAACCACAUCGACUUCAGAAUCCGUGCUAUUCAGAAAACGACCAAUGCGAACCGACCUACGGCUUUAAGCACCGGUUGAAAAUUACACGCGACAUCGAUAGCUUUAUUGCGCAGGUCAAAGAAAGCAAUGUCACUGGAAAUGUGGACAAUCUAGAAGCGGGGCUAGAUGCCCUAAUGCAGGUGCUGGUAUGCGAGAAACAGAUCGGAUGGGGUUCAAAUACCCGUAAAAUUGUGAUCGUAGCCACAGACGGAUGGCUGCAUAUGGCUGGCGAUGGGCUGCUGGCGGGUAUCGUGGAAGAAAACGAUAAACAGUGUCAUCUGGACAGUGACGGAAACUUUGUAGAUGCUUUAAAGUACGAUUAUCCCUCUUUGGAACAAAUUUGGCGCGUACUGUUGCGAAGCAAAACGGCUGUGAUAUUUGCCGUCACCGAGGCGCAGCAAGCAUACUACCGGCGCUUAAGCGAUCUGAUGCCUGAGUUUACCAGUGUUGGCCGACUGCAGGAUGAUUCCUCCAACAUUAUCCAGUUGGUAGAUGAGGGAUAUAGAGAGUUUGUUAAGCGGGUGGAGUUUAUAGACAAUUCACCAGACUACAUGCAACUACGCUACACCACUGAUUGUGCAGGACUGUAUCGUGAACCGCAACCGAUCAACAGAUGUGACAAUAUUGAAAUCGGAAAAGAGUAUAAAUUUAACGUUGAAAUACAUCUGCUGGAAUAUCCUAAAGAUCCGUCAAUAACGAAUGUUACAGUUCGAAUAGAAGAGAAACUGAUCAGUAAUGAAGCCGUGGAACUGGACAUAGAUUUGCGCACUAGUUGUAACUGUGAAAAAAAUAAGAAACCGAUGGAGCUGAGUGAGCUGUGCAACUUCAACGGAGAUUACGUGUGCGGGCAAUGCCAAUGCUAUGUCGGAUGGAUUGGCAAAACGUGCGAAUGCAAUUUACAAAACUCUCAAAAUCGACGCGAAUUGUUCGAGCAGUGUGUGGCGCCCAGUGUAGGUGACGAACUACGUACUGGUCCUAUUUGUUCCGAUCGCGGCGAAUGCAUAUGCGGACAAUGCUAUUGUAAUCCCGGAUUUGAGGGAGAGCAUUGCGAAUGCAAUGAAUGUGCCACCAUUGAUGGAAGCAUUUGUGGAGGUCCAGAUCACGGUAUUUGCACGUGUGGCACAUGCAGCUGCUUCGACUCGUGGUCAGGUGACAAUUGUGAAUGUACUACAGACACAACUGGUUGUAAGGCACCAUCCAAUGAUGCUGUUUGCUCUGGACACGGGCAAUGCAACUGCGGACGAUGUUCUUGUGACGAAUCCUUCUUCGGACCAUUCUGCGAAACGAAGGAUGGGGAACAACCGGCAUUAUGCUCGUCGUACGAGGAUUGUAUUCGAUGUGCAGUACAUGAGAUAAACAAUAUACCAUGCCAAGAUUUAGAUAACAAGUGUCGUGAAAAAAUUGGGCUGUAUAAAGUGCAGCUCGUUGAUGCCACUGAUGAUUCGCUAAACUGCACUUUUCGAUUCAGUGACGAGAAGAAUGUAUGUGACUACAGGUUUUCGUACGAACUUGCGAACAAUAGAGAAACAUUGCUAAAGGUACAGAAUUUACAAUGCAAAGAGAUCAACUUGAUUGCUGCUGGGUUCACUAUCGCUGCAUCCAUCAUUAUCGGUGGACUGCUGAUGCUAUUUUGCUACCGAUGUAAAAUUAUGUACGACGAUAGAAAAAUGUUUGCAAAAUUCGAAAAGGAAAGGGAACAAGAAACGAAGUAUCAAAUGGAGAGUCCAUUGUAUAAAUCACCCAUAUCUAAUUUUAAAGUUCCUGCUGAGAUGGAGACAAGUGUUUUGUAAAUGAUGUACGAACUGUAUCCUCAAAGAAAAACAAAAAUAAAACUAACAAUAGUGUGAUUUUAGUUUA